AGUCUUUCUGUGUCCGCUAUACGGAGAACACGUCGCGGCGUAGCGGGCGUUUCGCUACGAAAGCGAUCAGCGAUAUCUCGUCUCGUAGCAAUUUUGAUAAUUGACGAAUAAACGUGAUUCUGUUAAUAAUUGGGUUUCAGCGAUAAAUUGUGUUCUCAAAUCGAGGGCAGCGAUUUGCAUGGAAAUUUAGUUAAAGAUAACUAACUCUAUCGUUAGAAUUAAUCGCACUUUGUAAUUGUCGCUUAAUGUUAAUUAAUGCUGUGUUGUGAAUAGCUGAAUAGAAUAGUUCAGUUAUACCAGUCUUCUUUUGUGAUCUCUAAUUCUGGAUAAGAACGUGUGCCCAGAAACUUUUACCCACAUCGUAAACUCAAUGGUAUCUUUGAAUACGUAGUCGUAAGACUUGUGUAAGUUUUAUAUUUACGAUUUUUUUUUGCUAAAAAAACAACAGUGUUAUAGUUUCGGACUAUAAUAAAGUGAAUCGCAAUGACAGUGACAUUUCUACUCAAAUAAUUAACACCGGAGUGUUAAAAUGUUUAAUUUGCGAAGUAAGUGGUUGAACAACGAAAAUCGAGACACGUGAACAAAAUGACAUCCCUGUUGCAAGCUGUCAUGAUUUGCAUUGCGUUUCAGUUUCUUGGUACGGCAAAUACACUAAAAUCUCUGCAAAUCCACGUCCCGAGAGCCGUGUUAACAGGAAGGGACGCCGAGCUAAUGUGUACUUACGAGUUAGAAGGCGCACAGUUGUACUCGAUUCGAUGGUAUAGAAACAUGAUAGAAUUUUAUCGAUACGUACCAAAGGAGUCACCCGCUACAAAGGUGUUCCCAGUGGCCGAGAUUAAAGUUGAUGUGGCUUCCUCGGACCAAAAUCGUGUGGUGAUCAGAGAAGUCGAUCGUAUGUUGACGGGAGAGUAUCAGUGCGAAGUAUCAGCUGAUGCACCCCUGUUCCACACUGACAUAAAAUCAGCGGAAAUGGUCGUUGUGGAACCACCUCUAUUAAAUCCUAAUGUCACUUCCGACCGCAUGACAUAUGUUGGUGGAGACCACAUACGAGCUAACUGUUCAUCUCCACCUUCUUUACCUGCAGCAAAUAUCACCUGGUACGUCAAUGAGCAAAUGGUGCCAGGAUUUACUGCAAACCACGUGUUCAACUUUAGUAACGGCUAUGCUUCUAGUUUAGCUACUUUAGAAUUAGAAGCAGCUGUCCUAUCACCUGUACCCACACUUAUGAUUCGAUGUGAGGCAUCAAUAUACGAUGUAUGGAAAGCCACAAGUCACACUAUUGUACUCCGAGAACGUAGUGCCAAUCCUGCUUCUGCUUUGGGAAGAAGUUUUACAGGAGGAGCUACAGAGACGUGUCUACCGACAAUUUUAAUGCUUAUUCUACAAAUUCUCUUACAAUUUUUAAUAGAAAAUUUUACAGAAACCUCUAUAAGAUAGCUGAAUUAGCUUUCAUAUGCAUUUGUUCGUAAGUGGUUAUUAGGACAAGUAAUUUAAGUAUUAUGAAAUUUGUAGUAUAUUCAGGGUUUUAAAAUAUUUAUGAAAUAUAAUAUGUAUAGCUUGGGCGUACCUCUACUGUUAUUUUUCUUAAUGUUAAGAACUUGGGAAAUUCGUCCUCCGUUUGUCGUAAUAUUCGUCAUUUUUUUGUUUUAUUUUUGUAACUAUAGAAUAACAAGUUUUGUUUAAUGAAUUAGUACAGUAUAGAAUGUUUACGUUAAAGAGUAUUACUUGCAAUGUAUUUGUUAAUAUUUAUUGUGUUACAUAUCCUAGCUGCUAAACAGAAUUCAUAACCCUACUGCGUCCUUGGAUAUUUAAUAAUUAAGAUAUGGAUAAAUAUUAGGAACAUCUUAUGGCCUUGUUUGGAUAGCAGUGUAGACAUCUCAUAUGCCAGGUUUUUUUUAUAGAAUUUGGGUGACAAACGAGCACAAAGUCUACCUGAUGGUAAGUAUGAAUGGCGUUGCGAAGAGAUGCUGCAACUCUUUAAGUAUUCCAUUGAAUCUAUCACACAGAGUGCUGAGGAAUUGUUCGGACUAAUUCCAGUCGCUCAAUUUCACCAUCGCACAUCACAACAAAACUCGAAAUACCUCCAUACCAUCUGGAUCAUUGACGGUCCACCACUGUGUGAUUUACAAUAAGUUUUCGUCCUCACACAACUUCCUUGUAAUAUCGACUACUACCAGCAAUUUUUCCGGACCAAUACAGCUUAGGGACUUUCAAGAAAAGAGUCUACUUUUUAAAAGGCCGGGAACGCACCUGCUAUUCUCCUGGCAUUGCAGUUGUUCAUGGGCGGUGGUAGUCACGAUCAGGAAUGUAAUGAUGCAUUUAAUUACAUGUUUACAUAUGGCAUUAUCAUUUGCAUUGCAUAUGCAAUGCAGUUGUUCAUAGGCGGCGGUAAUCACAAUCAAUUAAGCCGCAUGCUCCUUUGGUCGCUCUUAUAUAAAAAAAAUGUCUACGGGCCAUAGCAUCCACUUAACAUACCAAUAAAUAAAUACAAUUAAUACCAAUAAAUAGACGAUUAUCUACCAUCGGUUAACAAUCAAAAUUCAGAUGCGUUGUCAUACCUGAAGACUAAAAAGUAUUUCCGGUUUUCUGCAUUCCCUCAAUUACGUGCAAUAUCCCCGCCACCACUUAUUCCAGGACCACUUUUCCCAACACCACUACACUAGGAAAGACACGCCAUCGUCGAUAAUACGACAUGUGAUUCGCUUCUAAACGAGGCAUCCUCAGAUGAAAUGACCACGGUCAGCCACCGCAGAUUCUACUUCACCCGAGGACUGACGAUAGAACAAGAGUGUCAUAUAUGCGAGACGUGUCAUAGUUUAAUCGUGAAUCCCAUCUAUCAAGGGCGCCUAUUACGGCCAAACAAUUUUACUAUAGGAAAGGUCUGUGUCCAACAUUGAACUGUUUAUAGAUGAUAAACAAAUUAUAACAAGUAUGGCCUAAUCGUGUUUAAGGAUUAUUAUUUAAACGGGUACGUGUUACUCAAUAAAUUAUUUCAAGUAACAGGGAAAUUGCAGUUGAAAUAAAUGCAUUCUAAGAGCUAUAAUAGGAUCAUGAAAUUUCCAAAUAAAUAAUUUCUGUAUAAAAUAAAAUUAUGACAAACAAACAGUAAUUUAAUCUGUAGAAACUGAAUACUAAAUAUUUUUUGGUUACACAAUCUUUAUCAAUAUAGUAACAGCCAUUUUAUUAAAUAGACUGAAUAGAUCAUUUAAUUAUAGUGUAUAUAUUAAACAUACUGCCUGUAAAUAAUAAUCUUUUUAUGUUUC